UGUGCUGAAGCCUACAGCAACGCGGAGGAGCAGUUUGGCUGCGUGACGGGGUGCCGCAAGCAGCUGCCCGAGGUGGAGAGCAGGAAGGAGAAGAGCCUGGAGCUGAAGGUGCCGUCGUUCUCCAUGUUCGAUUUGGUCUCCACCUUCUGCAAUGACAUCGUCAGCUCUGCCCAGAGCUUCAUCUCCUCCACUUGGACCUUCUACCUGCAGGCGGAUGAUGGCAAAGUCGUGGUGUUUCAGGGGGGGCCGGAGCACGACUUCCUCGGCUGCAUGUCCAAGCGCUCGGGCCUUCCUCGCUGGAUCCUGGCCGCCUGCCUCUUCCUCUCCAUCAUGGUGAUGCUGUGGCUGAGCUGUGCCAGUUUGGUGACUGCCCCUGAGCAGCACGUCAAGACCCAGCCUCUGAGCAUCAACGGGGACAAGGAAUACCUGGAAGACCUGGACGGCCCCGGCACCUUCCCGCUGCCGCCCGUCAUCGCCGUCACCCUGUGCCCCACGCACGGCGAGGACGCGGGGCCGCUGCCCCUCAAAGUCGACCUGGACAAGACCAUCCUGUAG